CUGACCUGCUUUGACUAGUUGCUGAACUGGUCUCUUUUGGUAUAUUUGUGUUUUGAGCAUCUUCCAUUAAGGAGAUUGUUGAAAAUGGGAUCUGCUGGGGAGAAGUUAGACCUUGAACUUGACGAGGAGAUUCCGUUUAGCUCAUCCCAGGGAACUAUCAAAAUAGACAGUCUGCAUUAUGAGGCACCUCAUAUUGCAUCACCCAGAAGCUAUCGCUCUACUAGGGUCUUAAGAAAGAUGUAUCAGAUCAGCCUUCUAAGGAGUAUAUACAUUGUUAUUAUCAAAGCAAAGAUCAAUGUGUUACUUCCUUUUGGCCCCCUGGCCAUAUUGCUUCACAAUCGUACAGGAAAACAUACUUGGGUCUUUUUCUUCAGUUUACUGGGCAUUACACCUUUAGCUGAGCGCUUGGGCUAUGUGACUGAGCAGCUCGCGUUCUAUACCGGGCCAACAGUUGGGGGCCUUCUGAAUGCUACAUUUGGAAAUGCAACUGAAAUGAUAAUCUCGCUAUAUGCAUUGAACAAUGGAAUGAUGCGGGUUGUUAAACAGUCCUUGCUGGGUUCCAUUUUAUCAAAUAUGCUGUUGGUGCUUGGCUGUGCCUUCUUCAGUGGUGGAAUUAUUCAUCACCAGAAAGUUCAGGUGUUCAAUAAGGCUGCUGCCAUUGUGAACUCAGGAUUAUUGUUGAUGGCAGUCAUGGGUUUGUUAUUUCCAGCUGUACUUCAUUUCACCCACACGGAAUUGCAUUUUGGCAAGUCACAGUUGGCUCUUUCAAGAUUUAGCAGUUGCAUAAUGCUGGUAGCAUAUGCAAGCUACCUAUUCUUUCAGCUCAAGAUUCAACCAAAUCUGUAUAGCUCUGUGAGUGAGGAUGAAGAACACAAUUCAGCAGACUCUGAAGAGGAAGAGGCGCCUGAGAUAACCCAGUGGGAAGCUAUUGGGUGGCUUGCUGUUUUGACAAUAUGGAUAUCAGUGCUGUCUGGAUAUCUAGUAGAUGCCAUCGAGGGUGCAUCUGACUCGUUGAACAUGCCGAUGUCCUUUAUUAGUGUCAUCUUGCUUCCAAUCGUAGGAAACGCGGCAGAACACGCCAGCGCAAUCAUGUUCGCAAUGAAAGAUAAGCUUGACAUCACACUUGGAGUUGCAAUUGGGUCUUCUACUCAGAUAUCAAUGUUUGUGAUACCGUUUUGCGUUGUCGUUGGUUGGUUUAUGGGAAAGCCCAUGGACUUGAAUUUCCAAUUAUUCGAGACCGCUACACUCUUCAUCACAGUGCUAGUCGUGGCAUUCAUGUUGCAGGAAGGCACAUCAAACUAUUUUAAAGGGUUGAUGCUGAUCCUAUGCUAUCUGAUUGUUGCUGCAAGUUUUUUUGUACACGUUGAUCCAUCCAAUGAUGCAGACUAAGCAGCCAUGGUUUUACCCAUGCCUCGGCCUAAUGAGCACCUCGACUCCUGGCAAUGAAAUGAACAUCAAUGAGGCUGGCCAGCUGCACUACCCAAAUGAUGUUUGGGAUGGAGGAAUGAAGGGACUUGCUUGUUACAACGAUAUGUUCAAAGUAGUUCGGUAUUGACUUCUUGAAUGUUUAUCCAUGUUGUAUCCUUUUUCUCUAGCAGACAAACAAAUCCAAUUAUUCCCAGCAAUGCAAGAAAGCUGGUUUUAGUCUUCCACUUGGAGAAAAAAAAUAGAAGGGGUGAAGGUAUAAAUCUCAUAUAUUUAUUCUUUUCUUUCUUUCUUCAAAUUGUUGUUCCAAAUGUUAGUGUUACGAGAUGUAAUAAUUGUAAAAAAAAAAUCCAUAGAAAUCCAAGAUGUCUCUGCUUGAUAUCAAUGUGUUGCAAGCAGAUAUUUUUUCA